AUGAUUUUGCUGUUUUCACUUAUAGCUACGAUGCAGAUGGUGUCUGCAACCUUGUUCCGCAUGGAUGCAGGGACAAACGUGGAGAGCUCGCAGAAGCUCAAAGGGCAAACCGUUGUGCUUAUGCAAACACGGCUGCUCCACCGAGCAUCUUCUAGGCAUGAGUGGAAGGAGGUAGAAGACAUGAAUGCUGGCGUUGGCCUUACCAUACACAAAAGCGACGGAGACUAUGAACAGACAGAUGCUGAUCAGGGAAACAUAGUGUUUAAGGACUCGAAGCACGGAGUGUCGAACACGUUCUUUUACACAACUCCCGAGACCGGAUACUACACCAUGGUGUUUUCUCUGGAUCCAGGCAUUAAGGGAGAAUUUGCACUUGAGCUGUUUAUUUUUGCAGGAAGGGCGUGGACACCGUCGAUUGUGUCUGGAACAGACUACCAAAUGGAAUGGCUAUCGAAAAAGAUGGGUGACCUAUUGUACUUUGCCAAGAACAACUUUGAUCUACAGAGCCUGGAUGAUUAUGACGAGAUAGAGUAUGUCGAUCUGUACAAUAACAUAUUCAGACUAGUUAAUCGGGUAGUGUUACUGAAGAUCUUUGCAAUAUCGAUCACAUUAGCAUACAUCGAUAAGAAGUCAAGGGACUUUUAUGUAUCCAAGAGGAUAGUGAAGAACUAA